AUGAGAACCCAAUUCAUGUUUUUGUUCAUCUCUCUCUUAAUCUUGAAAUCUGAAUCACUAAACUGCAAUGAAAAUAACCCACAAGGCCAUCCUUCAGAUCUAAGAGUGUUCCACAUUAAUAGUCCUUGUUCUCCGUUCAAACACCAAACCUCUGUCUCAUGGGAAAGCACACUUCUUCAAGACAAGGCUCGUUUCCAAUACUUGUCAAGCCUCGCGGUCGCUAGGAAAUCAUCAGUCCCAAUCGCCUCAGGACGUGGGAUCGUUCAGAGCCCGACUUACGUCGUGAGGGCUAAUAUUGGGACACCGGCUCAGGUGAUGCUCGUGGCUCUUGACACUAGCAAUGAUGCUGCUUGGAUUCCUUGUUCUGGUUGUGUUGGAUGUGCUUCCUCUGUUCUCUUUGACCCUUCCAAGUCAAACUCUUCUCGUACCCUUCAAUGUGGAGCUCCUCAGUGUAAACAGGCUCCAAAUCCAACGUGCACCGUAGGCAACACAUGUGGUUUCAAUAUGACUUACGGUGGCUCAACCAUCGAAGCAUCUCUGACACAAGACACACUAACAUUGGCCACUGACGUCGUCCCAAACUACACCUUUGGGUGCAUCAACAAAGCCACCGGAACAUCGUUACCAGCACAAGGACUGAUGGGUUUGGGUCGUGGUCCAUUGUCUUUAAUCUCACAGACGCAAGGUCUUUAUAUGUCCACAUUCUCGUAUUGCCUGCCUAAUAGUAAGUCCAACAAUUUCUCCGGAUCGUUAAGAUUGGGACCUAAGAACCAACCAAUUCGGAUCAAGACCACUCCAUUGCUGAAGAACCCAAGGAGAUCAUCGCUUUACUACGUUAACUUGGUUGGGAUUCGUGUCGGAAAUAAAAUUGUGGAUAUUCCUACAAGUGCACUCGCUUUUGAUCCGGCCACCGGAGCCGGCACCAUCUUUGACUCCGGGACUGUCUUCACGAGGCUAGUGGAACCAGCUUACGUAGCGGUGAGAAACGAAUUCAGACGACGGGUCAAGAACGCAAACGCAACAUCACUCGGAGGUUUCGACACUUGCUACUCCGGCUCCGUCGUGUUCCCGUCGGUAACGUUUAUGUUCGCCGGAAUGAACGUGACUCUACCACCGGACAACCUUCUCAUUCAUAGCUCCUCCGGUAGCACAAGCUGCCUCGCCAUGGCCGCAGCUCCAAACAACGUAAACUCGGUCCUUAACGUUAUCGCUAGCAUGCAGCAGCAGAACCACCGUGUCCUCAUCGAUCUUCCUAAUUCUAGGCUCGGUAUUUCCCGUGAAACUUGCACCUAG